AUGGAAAUUUCGGGGGGAACCUCCGGCAUCGCAGAGAUGUUGCUUCAGAGCCACGCGGAUGAGAUUCACCUAUUGCCCGCGCUUCCGAAGGCGUGGGGCACAGGAAAUGCCAGUGGAUUGCGUGCCCGCGGCGGAUUUGAAGUGGCAAUGGCAUGGGAGAAUGGACAACUCACCGAGGCACACCUGCAUUCCACAUUGGGAGAAGACUGCACUGUCCGAACAGCCGCAACUGUUUCGGUGACAUGUGAUGGUGUGCAGGUUGAAACAGAGCAAUCGGAGUCGGUUGUCACGUUUGGAACAGAGGCACGGAAAACGUACGCACUAUCGGUUUUGAGCUAA